UUGAAGACACCAUCACACCUUGCUGUUUGAUCAAUACAUUGAAAGGAUGACCUGCACCGAAACCUCCCAAUACAGUUGAAGUGAACUGACAAAAUGGAAGAAAGCACACCAUGAAUGGACAGCAGAAGCUUGGGCUAAAGGCUUUGGCAGCUACUGGACAAAAAACCGUAGAAGAAGCAGCGAUAUGGUUACAUUCUCAUUGCAAUGAUCCUUCUCUGGAAGAUCCAAUCCCUCAGGAAUAUGCCCUCUAUUUGUGUCCAACCGGCCCCUUGAGUGACAAUCUGAUGGAUUUUUGGAGAGAAACCAAAAACCAAUGUGGAAAAAACAAAGCCCAUGAAGUGUUCCCACACAUAACUCUUUCUGAAUUCUUUACGUGUGAAGACCAAAAGGUUGAUGCCUUGUAUGAAGCCUUAAAGAAAGCUGGUGACAGAUUUUCUAAUUGCUUUCCAUCAAUCAUCUCCCUAACGCUACAUUCUUCCAGCACCUAUAUUGGCUUCUUCAUUAGUGACGGCCCUGCAAAUAUAAUAAAAUCAUUUGCGGCUGCUUUUGCCACAGAGGCUGUGAGCUUAGCAGAUUGCUGUGUGAAACCUUCAACCAAGCAGCUCCAUCUUACAUUAGCCAACAAAUUUUAUCCUAACCAUCAAAAGACUUUGGAACAACUGGCCAAAUCAAUCAAUCCUAAGCAAAGCUGCCAGUGGACAGCAGCUCUGUAUUCUAGAGACAUGCGUUUUGUACAUUAUCAGAUUUUGAAAGCACUAUUCCAGUAUAAGCCUCAGAACAUAGAUGAGCUGAUGCUGAAUGCUGGUGAUCUUGUAUAUGUUGAUCGAGCACAACAAACCCAAGUUUGUGAUGGCUGGGUGAUUGGUAUCUCCCAUCGGACAGGGUGCAGGGGAUUUCUUCCUGAGAAUUACACAGAGAAAGCCAACGAAUCAGAUACCUGGGUCAAGCACAGAGAAUAUAUUUUCACUCCAGCUUCAGGACAGCAUCCUAAGAAUCAAACUGAACCAGGCACUAAACUGAAAAUCCCAAAUCCAGUCCCAAGGAGUAUAACCAAAAUGUUUGCUCUUCAGCUUAAUGGGAAAACUGCUAUCCGAAGAAGUCUGUUGGUGCUGCGCCAUGGAGAAAGGAUAGACCAGGUGUUUGGGAAGUCUUGGCUACAGCAGUGUUUUUCUGCAGAUGGACAGUAUCAUCGAGGAGACCUCAAUUUCCCCGCUAGUCUACCAAACCGAAAAGAUAGCAUCAAAAGUUUUGAAUAUGAUCCUCCUUUAUCAUGCUGCGGCAUUUUCCAGUCUAGACUAAUAGGAGAGGCUCUGCUGGAGAAGGCUGUGCGGAUUAGCUGUGUAUAUUCUUCCCCAGCGCUGCGCUGCAUCCAAACUGCUCAGCAUAUGCUAGAAGGGCUUCAGCUGGAACAAAAAGCUAAGGUUUGCAUAGAACCUGGACUCUUUGAAUGGACUAAAUGGGAGACAAACACAACUGUUCCCUCUUUUAUGACUCCAAGGGAACUGACAGUGUCAGAGGUCAACUACAGUGUAGAUACCACAUAUAAAUGUAAUUUCCCUCUUUCUUCCCUGAUGCCAUCCGAAGCCUAUGAAGACUAUGUUAACAGAUGUGCCGCAAGUAUAAAACAGAUUGUUGGCUCCUGUACAGCUGAAGGCACCAUCCUGAUUGUUGGACAUGGCUCAUCUCUGGAUUCAUUAACUCGGCCGUUACUGGGUCUCCCUCCCAGGGAGAGCAGUGACUUUGCUCAGUUUGUUCGAAAGAUACCUUCACUGGGCAUGUGUUUCUGUGAAGAAAUUAAAGAGGAGAAAAAAUGGCAAAUGAUUAACCCACCAAUCAAGACAAUAACCCAUGGAUCAAAUGGUACAUUUAACUGGAAAAACAUCCUUCUGGACAAUUAAGCAAUAUACACUCAAAUCAUGAAUUCCUACCCUACCUUGCAGUUCAAAAGAUUCUGAUGGUUAACCCCAAGCUCUGAAGUCUGUUUCUUAGUCAUUGCCAGCUGACAGAACUCAGGAACAGGCACGUAUAGAGGUGGGGGUGGGACGGGACACUUUGCUCGUUUAAAAAAAUCUUCCAGGACAAGGAAGAAAAUGCAAUUAAAUAAUCAAAACUACACAUUUCACUUUCAGCAUGUAGUUACACUUUUAAUUGCAUUUCUCACCUAAUAAACUGGAAUGCAGUUGCUGUAGACAGGUGCCUAAUUCAUUUUCCUCUUCUCCCCCACUGGCAUCUACCAAGUAACUGCAGAAGUAAUAAGAUAGAAGAAUCCUUAAAUGGCUUGCAGUGCACCUUCAGAAAGAAGAACAAAAUUAUUGUUCUGCUGUUGCAAAAAUGGUGUUGCUGGUAAUAUUAUCUAGCUCACAUUUCAGCAUUUUAUCUGCUGGCAAUUUCCUGAGAUGGCAUUCAUAUGAUAAAACCUCAUGGAAUUAUUUCUGGUUCUGCCCUCAUGUGAAGUGAACCUCGAAUAAGACACUACACACGUGCAUAUUCUCUCUCUUCCACACAUAC